AUGGACAUCAACAGGAGACUUGGUAUGAGAGACACCGUGCUGGCGCUCCUCUUCGCUGUGCUCCAAGGAGUUCCCCUCGGUGACACGGCUGCGAAUCCCUCACCGCUGGUUGGGUCCAACUGGGGGAAUCCGAGAAGAUAUGUCCACCUGCAGACAUCGAGUGACCUCAACAACUUCUACUUGGAAAUCAAAUUGGAUGGCACUGUGCGCAAAACCACCAUCAGAAGUUCAUACAGUAAGUAUGCUUACCUCUUUUUCAGAGAUGGGAAUUUUUAUCUCUGUAAUGUUGAUUUGUAAAAAUCCAUCUUUAGAUAACAAAAACUGGCCCCCUCUUUUUCCCCUGCAGGUGUGAUUUUGCUGAAAGCUGAAACAAGAGAGCGCAUCGCCAUCCUUGGAGUCAAAAGCAGCCGUUACCUGUGUAUGGAUUUGGAGGGAAACCCAUUCAGCUCUGUAAGAAAAAACUAACUUUCAGUUACAUUUUACUGAACCUCACCCUUUUCUUUCUUUCUUUUUACCUAACUGGGCAUCCUCUAAAGACUUUUACGCAAUUUUGGUCAAGCUCUAACUAAAGUGUUCUUCCUUUACGCACAACUGUUUUUGUGUUUUAUGAUUUAUUUACUAUAUUAAUUCCUUCAUUUUCUAUUUCGCACAUAUAAAUCUUUACUUACCCGAUGCGGAAAUGUUAAAUUCGUAAUAACUUUGUAGUUUUUGCUAGAUUUCUAUCUUGCUUCGUACCUUUACGCACAGAAGUCCGGCAACUUUUUAAGCGAUUAUUCGUUCAUUUGAUGUCCUUUUCAUUGUCGAUUCAUUGAUGUAAUCAAACAAAGUGCUGAAAGUGGCAGACUUCGCUCAAUUUUCUUGAGCACUUUUACUUUUUUAUAGUCAAAAUGUUACCAAAAACAAAAGGAGCAAAAACCGUUACGGAUAGUUCGGAAACUUGAGCUGAUUUGUUGGUACUUUAAGGAGUUGCCAGAUUGUGUUACAACCUUAAAAUUGCUAAAUUGUUUUUGUUUUUUACCUCCUUAAAACCUGGCAAAAGAUUUAUCCUGAAAAGCUUUAAAGAUUUACUGUUAGAGAAGUCAGAUUUUGGUGUGGUUAAGUCAUAAUAUCUAUCAGUGAAGAAAUACCUUUCCACGGAGCUGCGCACAUCUGUAGUUCUGUUUAGAGAUAAUACCGGUACUAUGAAGCAAAUAAACCUAAAAGGGGGUAAAAAUGAAGUGAAAUUUCUUGCACCUCUAAGAAGAUAAUUUCCCUUCAGUAGCUCAAAUUUCUCUGUGUAUCUUUCUCUCAGCCCGUCUGUCUCAGGGAAGACUGCCUGUUCAAUCACAAACUACUGGAGAAUAAUCGGGACGUGUACUACUCCACUCGGACCGGCAUCCUCUUAAACCUUGAGGGCUCCCGGCAGGUGUUUGCAGCGGGCCAGAAUCUACCCCAAACGUCCAUCUUCCUCCCCAGAAAGAACACAGUACCGCUAGAGCGCCUCCUGGUCAGAGAGAAAAGGAACCAGGUGGUGGACCCCUCUGACCCGCACAACGUCUUCUUCGGUAGGGCCGAGGAGGGCUCAGACUCUCGGGCCGUGCCGGAGGACGACGCAGACCUAGACCUGGAAGUGGAGGUGGAGAUUGAGGCCGGAGACGAUGGACGCAACGUGUCCCGGGAGACGCAGAUGGCUCCGUCCGCCCACGACCCCUGGAACGUGCACUCGUCCAACCCGGCGAGCCCACGAAGCUCCGGAACCAUGGGCUGA